UUCACUGGCUCCUCAUGAAUGCGCAGCUCAACCUCCGAAAGGCUGGAGAGUGAAAUUUCCCUUGGAUUUUGACAUCUGAGUUUUCAGAUCUAUAAGAGGCGGAUUUUAGAUUAAUUGGUGGGGCUUCUUAAAGUGAAAGCAUUUCUUCUGGGGAAAACAAGUGUGUAAUCAGAUGGAUGAAGAAAAAGGAGAAAGAGAAUCAGGACCAAUCUUCAAAGACAUAAGGCGUUAUUUCUGCUAUCAUUGUGGAAUUUGCAGAUCUAAGAAGUCUCUCAUCACCUCCCACAUCCUCACCCACCACCCAGAGAAGAUAAAUAAUGGAGGAAAGGAAGAAGAGGAAAUUUCCUCAUUGAAUGAAUGUCAAGAAUGCGGUGCUACUUUCAGGAAGCCUGCUCAUUUGAAGCAACACUUGCAAAGCCAUUCUCUUGAGAGGCCAUUUGUUUGUUCAGUUGAUGAUUGCCAUGCAAGCUAUAGGAGAAAAGACCACUUGAAUCGUCACCUUCUUCGGCACCAAGCAAAACUUUUCAGUUGUCCAAUUGAGAACUGCAGCAAAGAAUUUGCAUUUCAAGGCAACACGACAAGGCAUGUAAGAGAAUUUCAUGCUGAAGAUUCACCUUCCCUUGAUCCUGGAAGUCAGAAGCAGUAUGCCUGUCUGGAAGUAGGAUGUGGAAAGGUGUUCAAAUUUGCAUCAAAGCUGAGAAAACAUGAGGAUUCUCAUGUUAAGCUGGAUUCGGUGGAAGCCUUCUGUUCUGAACCAAGUUGCAUGAAAUAUUUUACUAUUGAGCAAUGCCUUAAGGAUCAUGUACGAUCAUACCACCAAUACACUAAUUGUGAAGUAUGUGGGGCAAAGCAGCUUAAGAAGAACAUCAAGCGGCAUCUUCGAUCACAUGAAUCAGAUGGCGCAUCAGAAAAAAUUAAGUGUGAUUUUGAGGGUUGCCUCCAUACAUUUUCAACUAAAUCAAAUAUGCGUCAGCAUUUCAAGGCUGUGCAUGUAGAACUCGAGCCUUUUGCAUGUAGCUUCUCUGGUUGUGGUAUGAGAUUUGCGUUCAAGCAUGUUAGAGAUAACCAUGAGAAAUCAGCGCAACAUGUUUAUGUUCCAGGGGACUUCAUAGGUUCCGAUGAGCAGUUUCGGUCAAGGCCAAGGGGUGGACGGAAAAGAACAUGCCCCUCUGUGGAAAUGCUUAUUCGAAAAAGAGUUACUCCACCACAAAUGGAUACAAUGAUGGAUCCAGGGCCUAAUCCUGGUUGCUCUUAACAAAUGAGGGCUAACCGUGAGACUGAAUUGGUAAAUAUAGUUCAGUAACACGCUAUGAAAACCGUAAAUUGUAUUGUUCUUUAAACUUACUAUAACGUAUAGCAUGAAACGUCAUGGAACAUAUUUUCUUUU